GGAAAGCACAUGAAAAGACAGCUCUGAUCUCACUACCUGAGGAAAGCCACAUCAAGGGCACUAGAGUCACACAGCGCAUACAAGCCUGAGUACAGAGGAAUUUCACUGCCUCGCUGACACAAAUCAAAGUCACAGCUUUGUUCUGCCUGAGUGGAUUAUACUGAAUCUGUUCUAACAAAGAGAUGGCUGAGGCACAUCAGGCGGUGGGCUUCCAGUUCACCGUGCGCCCAGAUGGUUUGGACCUUAAACUGAGCCAAGAGGUCAUCAAAAACAUCUACCUGUCAGGAGUGACAGCAUGGAAGAAGCGAGCCAUUCAAUUCAAGAAUGGUGUAUUGGCUGGAGUCUAUCCUGCCAGUCCGUCCAGUUGGCUGAUAGUUGUGAUUGCAAUAAUGAGUUCCUUGUACAUCCACAUAGACCCAUCUCUAGGAAUGAUUGACACAAUCAAGGAAAACCUACCACACAGAGACUACAUGUCAGUGCAGUCUCGAGCGGUGCUGAGUGCCAUCAUGUUUGCCACUGGACUGUGGCUGUUCCUCAUCUACCUCUUGAGAUACAUUCUCAAAGCUCUACUCUCCUACCAUGGAUGGAUUUUUGAAUCCCAUGGAAAAAUGAGCACGUCAACAAAAGUGUGGCUGAGCCUUGUGAAGAUGUUCUCUGGGCGCAGACCGCUGCUCUACAGUUUCCAGGCCUCCUUACCCAGGCUCCCUGUGCCCAGUGUGGAUGAUACAAUUCACAGGUACCUUGAGUCAGUCCUUCCUCUGCUAGACAGUGAACAGUACAACCAAAUGGAGAUUUUGGCCAAUGACUUUAAAGAUUCCAAAGCAGCCCAGCUGCAGAGAUACCUAAUCUUGAAAUCCUGGUGGGCAACAAAUUAUGUAAGUGACUGGUGGGAGGAGUACAUCUACCUCAGGAGCAGGAGUCCUAUCAUGGUGAACAGUAACUUCUAUAUAAUGGACCUCUUGUACGUGACUCCAACACACCGACAGGCUGCACGGGCAGGGAACGUGGUUCAUGCCAUGCUGCAGUACAGACGCAAGCUGGAACGUGGUGAACAUGCCCCUCUGAGGGCUGUGGGGACCGUUCCUAUGUGUUCCACUCAGAUGGAGAGGAUCUUUAACACCACCCGCAUCCCUGGGAUUGAAACAGAUAUUGUGCAGCACCUGACUGACCGUAAGCACCUGGUUGUUUACCACAAGGGCCGUCUCUUCCAAGUGUGGCUGUACACUGGAGGGCGCCACCUCUCACCCAGUGAACUUGAGACACAGUUUCAAAGGAUCCUCAAUGAUACAUCAGAACCCCAGCCAGGAGAACUCAAAUUAGCUGCCCUGACUGCAGGAAACAGACUUCCAUGGGCUCAGGCUCGGAUUAAAUAUUUCAGCCAGGGAGUAAACAAAGUGUCACUGGACGCCAUUGAGUCAGCUGCCUUCUUCCUGGCACUAGAUGACAAGCCACAGGGUUAUGAUCCUGCAAAGACCGGUUCCCUUGACAGUUACGCCAAGUCCCUGCUUCACGGAAAAUGUUAUGACAGGUGGUUUGACAAGUCUGUCACCUUGAUCUCUUAUCCAAAUGGAAAAAUGGGUGUAAAUGCUGAACAUUCUUGGGCUGAUGCACCAAUUGUGGGACAUAUGUGGGAGUAUGUCCUUGCAACAGACUGCUUCCAACUUGGCUACACAGAGGAAGGACACUGUAAAGGGGAUGUGAACAAAGGCCUGCCUCAUCCCACUCGACUACAGUGGCAGAUUCCAAAGGAGUGCCAAGACGUCAUUGAGACUUCAUACCUAUCAGCCAAGCAGAUAGCUGAUGACGUGGACUUCCACGGCUGUCUGUUCACUGAGUUUGGGAAAGGACUGAUCAAGAAGUGCAAGACCAGCCCCGAUGCCUUUAUUCAGCUGGCCCUGCAGCUGGCACAGUACAGGGACCAGGGAGUUUUCUGUCUGACAUACGAGUCAUCAAUGACUCGUAUGUUCAGAGACGGUCGGACAGAGACGGUACGCUCCUGCACUUCGGAGGCUGUUGCAUUUGUCAGAGCCAUGGAGGAUGCAGAUGCAACAAAUGUCCAGAGACUUGCCCUAUUUCGGAAGGCAGCAGAUAAGCAUCAAAACAUGUAUCGUCUGGCCAUGACUGGUUCUGGUAUCGACCGUCACCUCUUCUGUCUCUACAUAGUGUCCAAAUACCUUGGUGUUGACUCGCCAUUUCUUAAGAAGGUGCUUUCAGAGCCCUGGAAGCUGUCUACCAGCCAGACUCCACAGCAGCAGCUCAAUUUAGUUGACAUCAACAAGUUCCCGAAAUAUGUGGGUGCUGGUGGUGGAUUUGGCCCAGUGGCUGAUGAUGGUUACGGUGUGUCUUAUAUAAUUGUUGGGGAAAACCUCAUCACAUUCCACAUCUCCAGCAAGUUCUCCAGCCCUGACACCGACUCAUACCGGUUUGGUCAGCACAUUUGGAAGGCCAUGCUUGAUAUCCAAGCACUUUUCAAGUCUGAAAAUGAUAAGAAGAUGGUGGAGAAUGCAAAGCAUGUACACCUGGAAAAUGGGAAAAAACACAUAUAACAGACACUGUGGGAUGGUAUGCUGCAUUUGGCUCUUUGUCAUGCUUCAUUCAUACAAAAAAAACCCAAUGUUUUGUUGACAGGUUACAUUUAUGAUCUUUUUGCUUUUCUGGUAGGUCACAUUAUAAGAGCUGGUCAUUCCACUCUGACAGACAAUAUGAACAGUUGUUACUCUAAUUUAUUACUAUUUAUACAAUACUUUUUUUCAAUGGUUGUUUCUCCAAACUUGAAACUUGUCAGUUUAUGCCAUAGACUGUAUAUAAAUCUAAUGUAAUAAAUCUAAAUAUAAUCUUUA